AUGAAUAUGUACUGGUCAGAUUGGGUUUCGUACAAUCUGCCGGCUUCCGUGGAAGCCCAAGAUCUCCAGGCACUCCAUAUUCGGAUUCUUGAACCCGACAUUCCCAAAGAGGAGUCCACAUCGUUCGACCCUGAUUCUAAAUAG